AUGGCUGCCCCCAGGCCCUCACGGCCAAAGCCCCUAGACUGGUCCGGCCCAUCGCAUCUUGCUCUCUUUAUUCGCAACCUGAAGCUUCUCCAUUUGGAUCAGCGUGAUGACUGGCCCGGUAUCACCAUUCGCUCGUUGUCAUCGUCGUCGCAGAACCAGCGCCAACGAAUUCGCCUGAUCGAGUGGUCUUUAUACUAUCUGUUUACGAUCUGGGAUCCUGAAGGUGCUCAAAAUAAACUCCGCCCUUUUUUUCCACCCUUAGAGCCCCUGCAAUCCGUCAACCUUCGUGCAGCUCUAUUCCGAGCUCUGAGCGAGUUAAAGAAAAAUGGCGACCUCGGACGGGAGACGAUCCUUCGCAAAACAAUGCUGGAUGACUGCAAGGGCGAGAAAUUUGACGAACUGCUUGCCGUCUUCUCCACGGCUGUCCUGCGGAAGCUAGUAGCAGCAUCAGCAUCGGAGAUGCUCUGGAAUCCCGCCAUGACAAUAUCUACCGCGUCUUUGAUUUCUCCGACAGAUUAUCAGAACAUCCUACCAUUGAUCCUUGCUCACCAAGUCUCCCUCGAUGCGACGGGAGUUCGCCGUUCACGGGUACAGGAGACCUAUGAGCAGUUCUCGAAGCUGCUUGAUGAUAAGAAAGUCGAGCUUACAGAGCGGGCUAACAAUGUUUCCACGUACAAUCAAGAUCGGUCACGUAUGGAUUCAGAUGGACUGGUGCAUGAGCUUCGAACAAACUGGAUGGGCAGUGAGGAAUGGGCUACCGCUCUUCUGAAUGGCGGAUCCCAAAGCAGCACCGACGCCUUCCUAGAACUCCCCUUCUCCAAGGCAUGGAAACAGGCUACAGAAUCAACGGUAGAUCAUCUCAGCAGUGGAGUCAAAUCAGACCUUGUGGUGGAUCUGGAAGCUCGAGUUCUGCGGCUACGAGGUCGAGUGCGCAGAUGGCAUGAAUUCAGCGACUCUCUGCGCAAAGAACGUGACGGGAGCGAAGAUGCGACAGGCUCCGCUCUUCAAGAGUCUCGUCUAGUAUUUCGAGAUCAUCAGUCAUUGACCAUGGCAAGUAUAUCCAAGGCGGUUCGAGAAUCAGCAGACCGCGGUAGAACCCUGAAAGAAGCCGAUCGUUCUUUCAUGUCGAGUGUGAACGAGGCCAUCACACGGGUGAACGGCAAGCCUCAUGUUGAGAUGGCUCAGCCGUCGUCAGUGAGCUGUUCAGAGGUGGAUUCUCCACCAGCCUCGGUGAUGAACCACGCUCAGCCGACAGGACUAUCAGCAUUGGAAGAUACACAAGCUUCCAAUCCUUCAACCCGCAAUUCUCCGGAAAUACCAAACCCAGACCCAAUCCAAUCCUCGCCUCCAAUAGUCCGCCUUUCCCCAGACUACGACCACCACUCUGAAUCCGACUCCGAUGAACGACGAGACCCAGAACCUCCUAAAGCCCCAACCUCAAGCUACACCCUCGUCGAACGAACCCGCAAAUCCAUGUCCCUAAUCCCACCCCUACCCACCCACGAAUCCCACCCUCCCAAACGCCGCGGUCCACGCCCCUCAUUCCCAGUCAAUCAAUUCCAAACCCCUCGCAAAUCCUCACGUCCGAAAAUCACCCGCUCUUCCACGCCACAGGAUAAACUCUUCGAAGAAGAAGCCGAUUAUGCAAGCGUGUUUAAAUCCCGGCCUCGCGUUGCCCUUAGUCCGAUUUCUUCGCCGGCUGUACAUGUUAGUCCAUCGAUGGAUGAGGAUGAUGGGUUUGAGUUGGAGUAUGAGGAGGCGGAUUUGAGGGAUUUGGAUUCGCCUUUGGUUACUUCGAGGUUUCGGGGAUAA